AUACACGUGUCUAAAAAAGAGAAGAGCUGAGAACAUAAUCCACUGACGGUAGACAACGAAAUUAUCGUUACAUUUCGUUGUGAAAUAAUUAAUUGAAUUGAUAUUUUAUUUCCCUUAAGUGUAUAUAUUUGAUUGGCCUGUUGUGAUCUCAAUCAUCUUAUCAACGGCACUAGAGACAUCAUGCCAAGAGUAAAGCCUAACAACACUGAAGAAGAGAGCAAGCUGACGAGGAUUGCCAUUGUUAGCAACGACAAAUGUAAACCCAAGAGAUGUAGGCAAGAGUGUAAGAAGUCCUGCCCAGUGGUGAGGAUGGGUAAACUUUGUAUUGAAGUUGUAUCCACGGACAAAAUCGCCCUUAUAUCGGAAGAGCUGUGUAUCGGAUGUGGCAUUUGUUCAAAGAAAUGCCCAUUUGAAGCCAUUAAUAUCAUUAAUCUACCAAGUAAUCUGGGAAAGGAUACAACACACAGAUACAACGCCAACUCCUUCAAGCUUCAUCGGUUUGUAGCUUUAUUUUUCCUAACACUUACUCAUUUUUUGGUCCAAAAUCUGUCUGGAGGUGAGUUGCAGCGUUUGGCAUUAACGCUUUGCCUCGGAAAACCUGCCGAUGUCUACCUUAUUGAUGAGCCUUCAGCAUACUUGGAUUCCGAACAACGUUUAGUGGCUGCAAAAGUCAUCAAAAGGUUUAUUUUGCAUGCCAAGAAAACAGGUUUUGUGGUUGAACAUGAUUUCAUCAUGGCUACGUACCUAGCAGAUCGUGUCAUUGUAUUUGAUGGUAUACCAUCUCUCAAAACCACUGCUAAUACGCCACAAUCUCUUCUGAAUGGAAUGAAUCAAUUUCUGGAAUCACUGGAGAUCACCUUCAGACGAGACCCCACCAACUACAGACCACGGAUCAAUAAACUGAAUUCUGUCAAAGAUGCUGAGCAGAAGAAGGGUGGCAAUUAUUUCUUUUUAGAAGAUUGAGGGCGCCAAAAUAUAUGCCUGUAUGAAAGAGGGUGGUGCGUGAUUUCUGAUCAUUACUGUUGGUCACAGCAAAGAGUAUAGAACUGCAAGAAGUCCAACUCUCGUGGGGUUCAUUGGAAUGUAAUCCUAUUUCAAAAACUAAUACCACGAAAUAAAGGGUGCUGCUCAAAAGGAGUUUUGAACUCUAUUCAAAUAGGGUUCCCCUACCUCAUUGUAGUACUGCCCCUACCUCCUGGUAGUACUGCCCCUAUCUCGUGGUAGUAGCUUUUUUGUAAUGUAUCAAGGCCAGUUGGAUCUCUUGCAAUGUUAUACACUUUGGUCUUCCUAGAGUUUGAAUUUAAAAAAAUAUUUUGAAAUUCAUCCGAAACUCUAGGAUCAAUUGUCAGAUAAAAUGAAGUCUAAAAUACAUGUCACCACAUAUGAAAUGAUCGUCAUUAUGAUGGCCAGUAAGGUUCAGAUGUACGUUUGUGAUUUGAAUUUACUGCACAAAGUUUGAGAGGAGCAGAUGAGGUAUUUUAAUGUCAAAUAUAUAAAUACAAAGUAUAUGAAAGAUAAUUAUGUCAAGCGUUGGUAGUUGACACUCAGCACCAAAAAUAGUGUAUUUAUGGAUCAUCUUAAUUUGAUCUUUAAAAUUACAUGACUCUGAUGAUAAAGAUGAACCUUAUUUGAAAUACAAAUAUACCAAUAAAGUAAUUUGUUAUAUGAAGUUUUUAUUGACAAUUAACUUGAAAGCAAGCAUAAAAUGAAACCUUUUCUUUAAGGGCACUGCAGUAGUAUAUUCUUUGUUGUUAUGGUAACAUUCACAGUGGAUAUCACCAUGACAACUUCAUUGGUUGCAAUGCUGCAGUGGAUCUGAACAAAAUGUACAAUUAAUUGGGCAAAUCAUGUAAUUUUUGUUUUUGUAAAUGCAGUAUAUGCAUGACCUGGAAUUCAACGAUUCCACGGUGGCACCUCUACGUAGUUCAAUCUUGACCUAAUAAAAUAUGAUGUUGAAAUCCAUCAAUAGUAAAAUAAA